AUGCUGUCCCUUCUUGCCCUCGCCCCGUAUACGGUCGGGUUGGUCUUUAUUUCCUUCGUCUACUUCCUCGCAUAUCCCUACUAUGAAUACCUUCGUGAUCCUAAAGGGCUUCGAAAAUACCCAAACCUCUCUCCCUUCUCGGGCAUUUCGGCCCUCCCCUUCAUGUUCAUGGCCUCGCGGGGUUUCCGGUCCAUGGAACUCACCCAGUUGCACAAGGAACACCCAGUCAUUCGCACGGGACCCAACAUGUUGUCUUACGGAGAUGUACGAGCCAUCAAGGAUAUCUACGGACACAACACUAAGUGUACCAAGGAUGCAUCCUACGCAGUCACUGCAGGCACUCACUUCAACCUGGCGGAUGUCGUCGAUAAGCCCGACCAUGCUAUAAAGCGCAAGGUCCUGUCUUCAGCUUAUGCAUUGAAGAAUCUCGAGAGUUGGGAAUACAAGGUCACCGAUAAGGUCCAGCGCAUGUUCAAGCAUUUUGAUGAAGUUUGCACUCUUACACCCAAGGAGGACGUUGCCUCUGGCAAGGUGGCUCCCGAUCCCCAGGACUUAACUCUGGAUCUGCGAGCCUGGACCAACUUCUUCACUCUCGAUGCAAUUGCCGAUAUUGGUCUUUCCGAGAAGCUUGGCUUCCUUGAUAAUGGAAAUGAUAUGGUCAUGGCCGAGCGGAGGGAUGGUACCACAUACAUGACCAGUCUGCGCGAAGCUCUCUACCCCACGGCCCGCAAGCAAUCCCUUAUCCUAUGGAACUAUGAAUGGUACCCCAUUCUCGACAAGCUGGUUAAUUUCAUCCCCUUCUUCGGUCGCAUGGCCACAUCGGCAUCUAACUGGGACAACAUCAUGUGGCGCCGAGGAAGCGAGAGACUGCAACGGUACGAAGCGGGCGAGAAAUUAGAUGACUUCUUCCAGGCUCUCAUGGAGGAUAAGAAUGGUAACCCGAACAACCUAGAAUGGGGCGAGGUUAUUGCCGAGUGCAACAUCAUGAUGAACGCUGGAAGUGUGACGACAGCCAUCGCCAUCACGAAUGUCAUGUACCAACUUCUCCGCAACCCGCGCUGCCUGGUCAAACUGCGCGAGGAAGUCGACGCCGUCCUUGACGAUGAUGAUGCUGUCGCCGACUACGACAAGGUUAAGCAUCUCCCCUAUCUCCGCGCUUGCCUGGAUGAGUCCCUACGUAUCUUCCCUCCUACUUCUCACGGCCUCCCUCGUGAAACGCCUGCCGAAGGCACAAAUAUUCUGGGAGAGUGGGUUGCCGGUAAUACCUCCGUCAGCAUGUCAGCACUAGUUGCCCAUCGUGACGAAGGUGUCUUCCCAAAUGCCGAUCAGUAUAUCCCCGAACGUUGGCUCGGUGAAGAAGGCAAAGCGCUGCAGCCUUAUCUGAUCGCCUUUUCAGCGGGUGCUCGAUCCUGCAUCGGUCGCAACAUUUCCUACCUGGAGCAGACGAAAGCGAUUGCAUCCAUGGUCCACCGGUAUGACUUUGCGAUGGCUCAUCCGGGUUGGGAGUUGAAGCGAUUGGAAACUAUGAAUUUGAUUUUGGGGGAGAUGCCGGUGAAAAUUUGGCGGCGGAGUUUGGGAGUGAACGACUCAUAG